AUGGUGCUGAAUUUUGUGUCUGAUUGGUCAUCUGACGUAAGUGCCAUUGCAGCUGCUGAUAAUCCUUUCAAGGGAAACCUAACGAGUCUCCCUAAGCCUGGUGGUGGCGAGUUUGGAAAGUUCUACAGCCUUCCGUCGCUCAAUGAUCCGAGAAUUGAUAGGUUACCAUACUCUAUCAGAAUUCUUCUUGAAUCUGCCAUUCGUAAUUGUGACAACUUCCAAGUUACUAAGGGAGAUGUUGAGAAGAUUAUUGACUGGGAAAACUCUUCUGUGAAGCAAGUUGAGAUUCCUUUCAAGCCUGCUCGUGUUCUACUGCAGGAUUUUACUGGAGUCCCUGCUGUUGUUGACCUGGCUUGCAUGCGUGAUGCUAUGAAUAAGCUUGGCAGUGAUUCUAAUAAGAUCAAUCCUCUGGUUCCUGUUGAUCUUGUCAUUGAUCAUUCAGUUCAAGUUGAUGUAGCAAGGUCAGAGAAUGCAGUGCAGGCCAAUAUGGAGCUUGAGUUCCAGAGAAACAAGGAGAGGUUUGCUUUUCUUAAGUGGGGGUCAAAUGCUUUCCGUAACAUGCUUGUUGUCCCUCCUGGUUCUGGUAUAGUACAUCAGGUCAAUCUUGAAUAUCUUGGACGUGUUGUAUUCAACAAUGAAGGCUUGCUCUAUCCUGACAGUGUUGUUGGGACUGAUUCACAUACAACAAUGAUUGAUGGGCUUGGAGUUGCUGGAUGGGGUGUUGGGGGUAUUGAAGCAGAGGCAGCAAUGCUUGGUCAGCCUAUGAGCAUGGUGUUACCCGGUGUUGUUGGGUUCAAGUUAUCUGGAAAAUUGCGCAAUGGAGUUACAGCAACUGACUUGGUUCUAACUGUGACACAAAUUCUUAGGAAACAUGGUGUUGUAGGGAAAUUUGUUGAAUUUUAUGGUGAUGGUAUGGGUGAGUUAUCAUUGGCCGAUAGGGCCACAAUUGCCAAUAUGUCUCCUGAGUAUGGUGCAACGAUGGGCUUCUUCCCUGUAGAUCACGUUACAUUACAAUACCUCAAGUUAACUGGAAGAAGUGAUGAGACUGUGGCAAUGAUAGAGGCCUAUCUCAGGGCAAACAAAUUGUUUAUUGACUAUAAUGAGCCUCAACCGGACAGAGUUUAUUCAUCCUAUCUUGAAUUGAACCUUGAUGAAGUUGAACCAUGCAUCUCGGGCCCCAAGAGACCUCAUGAUCGGGUGCCAUUGAAAGAAAUGAAGGCUGAUUGGCAUGCUUGUCUAGACAACAAAGUGGGAUUUAAGGGAUUUGCUAUACCAAAAGACGUACAAGGAAAAGUUGCAAAAUUUGAUUUUCAUGGGCAGCCAGCGGAGCUCAAGCAUGGAAGUGUUGUGAUUGCUGCAAUCACAAGCUGUACAAAUACGUCAAACCCAAGUGUUAUGCUUGGUGCUGGCCUCGUAGCAAAGAAGGCUCAUGAGUUAGGUUUGAAGGUUAAGCCAUGGGUGAAAACAAGUCUUGCUCCUGGAUCUGGAGUUGUUACAAAAUAUCUACUUCAGAGUGGCCUGCAAAAGUAUCUAAAUGAACAAGGUUUCAAUAUUGUUGGAUUUGGCUGUACCACAUGUAUUGGCAAUUCUGGAGAGCUGGACCAGUCGGUUGCUUCUGCUAUCUCUGAAAAUGAUAUUGUGGCUGCCGCUGUGUUGUCUGGAAACCGUAAUUUUGAGGGCCGAGUGCAUCCCUUGACCAGAGCUAACUACCUUGCCUCACCUCCUCUAGUUGUUGCUUAUGCUCUUGCUGGCACAGUUGACAUUGACUUCGAAAAGGAGCCAAUAGGGACAGGGAAGGAUGGAAAGAAUAUUUACUUGAGGGACAUAUGGCCAUCCACUCAAGAAAUUGCAGAUGCUGUUCAAUCCAGUGUGUUACCUGACAUGUUCCGAAGUACAUAUGAAGCUAUUACCAAAGGUAACACCAUGUGGAACCAACUACAAGUUCCUGCUGAGACCCUGUACUCAUGGGACCCCAAGUCAACAUAUAUUCAUGAACCUCCAUACUUCAAGGGCAUGACCAUGGAUCCUCCCGGAGCUCAUGGUGUGAAAGAUGCCUAUUGUCUGCUGAAUUUUGGUGACAGCAUAACAACUGAUCACAUUUCUCCAGCUGGAAACAUUAACAAGGACAGUCCUGCUGCAAAAUAUCUUCUGGAGCGAGGGGUAGAACAAAAGGACUUCAAUUCUUAUGGAAGUCGUCGUGGCAAUGAUGAAGUGAUGGCAAGGGGAACUUUUGCAAACAUUCGGCUUGUUAACAAGCUCUUGAAUGGGGAGGUUGGUCCGAAGACAGUUCACAUUCCCACUGGGGAGAAGCUUUAUGUGUUUGAUGCAGCGCAGAGAUACAAGGCUGAGGGGAAGGACACCAUUGUUCUUGCUGGAGCUGAGUAUGGUAGUGGAAGUUCCAGAGAUUGGGCCGCCAAGGGUCCCAUGCUAUUGGGUGUCAAAGCUGUGAUAGCUAAAAGUUUUGAGAGAAUUCAUCGUAGUAAUUUGGUAGGAAUGGGUAUUAUUCCUCUUUGCUUUAAAUCUGGUGAAGACGCUGACACAUUGGGAUUGACCGGUCACGAACGCUAUUCUAUUGACCUCCCAAGUAAAAUCAGCGAGAUAAGGCCUGGCCAAGAUGUCACUGUAACAACUGAUACUGGAAAAUCUUUCACCUGCACAGUUCGCUUCGACACAGAGGUGGAACUUGCUUACUUUAACAAUGGGGGCAUACUUCCGUAUGUGAUCAGGAACCUCAUUAAGCAGUGA